ACGACUCGCCGUCGUUCGGGUCGUGAAACAACAUCCAUCCAUCCAGUCCCCUGUCCCUACGCAUUCCAUUCUCGUGCUUUCGCCCCAAUGCUCUCAGAAUCCGCAUCCCAACCCUGCCUCGACUCGACCUGAUCUAACGCGACAGCCAAGUCCCCACGUCUCGAAUCAUAGCUGUCGCACUUCUGCAUGACUCAAACUUUUCCCCUUUCUCAAUUACACGCUCCUCGAUGGACCGAAUGCUCAGCUCAUCGACGAUACUGUUGUGAGAUGGCGAGAGCAGCAGGCAUGUCGUUGUGGAGGCCCCUCGCAGAGGGAAAACGCCACAAACUCGCUGGCCUCUUCGCUUCAGGAUGUAGCGUGGGAGCGAGCUUCGUGCGGGAGACGACGCGCUGCGAGUCUGCUGGACUGGGGUCGCGGCGCGCCGCUCGUCUGUCCUUGCCUAGCUGUGUGAGUGCGCAGCCCGAUGCAAGAUGUCAGCCUGCGCUUUUGUCGACGGCCCAACGCCGGCCCAGGUCACCUUGCAUCUGCCUGCUGUGCAAGGUUGCGUGCGUGCCCGGGACCUCAAUUCGAGUCACGGGUGUUGCAGGUUACGAUGUGCAGCGAUCGCACGACGACCCCUUACUCGUGACUUGGUGAUAGCAGUCAAAAGUCAAAGUGCUUCAGUCAAGAGUGUACCGUCCAGCUGAUUGAU